AUAAAAGAGCACUGAGCGGUGGGUUUCAUCUGAAAUAAUUGAAAUUUCAAGAACCGUUAUUUUUGUUGGCAGACCAUACGUUUGUGAAACCUCGCUGGCACGUUUCUGUUCAGAAGAUGGCCGACUUCCAGAGCUUCCUUUCCGUUGUCGAGCGUCUGAAGAGUGUCGACGCCGACUUGUUUCUUUUCGAGGUAUGCGACUUCUUCGGGAGGCCCCAGACCGUUUGUGUUUCCCGCAGCAAGCUUGAGGAAGCUGUGGAGGACGGGGUAGAGCUUCCCGUCCGUGCAGUAGUCAAAGAAAACGGAGGUAUUUCGAGCGAGUUCUUCGACAAGAUCUGCACCCUUCGGGCUGACCCUACCGGCGCUAUCCUCCGGCAUCCGUUCCACCGAAGCAUGGCUUAUGUCCUGGCCGAGCCCUACAUCCACGGCGGCCCCAUGACAAGCUACUCAAGGUGCGUCGCCAGGAAGCAACUCAGCCGUCUAGCGGAGCUUGGCUUCACUCUCAAGUCUUCCUUCCGUCUCGGGUUCUCCCUGAAAGCUAGGAAAGACGAUUUUGAGCGCUUCAACCGAGAGGUCCUCAUCAAGCAAUUCUUCGACUUCUCAGAUCGCAUCGGCAAGGAUUUCGAAGUAGAGAGCUUGCACGCUGGCACAGCGGCCGACCGUAUGGAUGGAACCUACAAAGCGGUUCCAGGGAUCAAGGGAGCCGACUACGCCCAGUACUUCAAGACCUUCAUCCGAGAGGCCGCGGGUACCUUCCUCUACGAUGUAUCCUUCUUGGAGAAUCCAUAUCUCCUGUAUUUCCGCCACUCUCUCUGGGACGCCAACGGCAAGAAAGACCUCACCACUGAUCCAGACAGUCCGCUGGGACUGUCAGAAGCUGCACAGCACUGGAUGGCGGGAAUCCUGGAGCACAUGCCGGCAAUCACCCGAUUCACUUUCCCAACUACAUCCUGUUGGCCCGCGUCUGAACCUCUUGCCCCAAACAACCGAUGGCAUAAGGACAGCACCGGGUCCUCACUGCGUCUUCGCGUGGGCGGUGAGGGCCAGACCUUCGUGGAGACCCGCCAGGGCACGGGCCGAUGCAACCCUUAUCUCCUGAUGGCAGCGGUGGUGGCAGCCGGGAUCGACGGCAUCGAAAAGAAGCUGCCUCUUCCAGAAGCUGGCACCGAUGGCAAAGAGAUGCCCUCGAGUGUUGAUAAGGCCACCGAGGCCUUCAAGGCAGACGAGGUCUUGAUGGCAGCAUUUGUCCCAGAAAAAGAUUUCCUCGAUCUCAUGGAAGGGACGCUGAGUUAUAUGUAAUAUGAUGGCGUAGAUGUCUGUCACAUUUCAAGGUAAUAUUAACGACAGCAGGCAAAGUUAUGACGACGUCAAAUAAAUUAAAAGCAGCAUUUUUAGUUUAAAAUGAAUCGCAUUUAUAUAAUAAACAUUGAAUGAUAAAGUGCAUUUGACUCUAUAUGUUGGUGAACACCAUUAAAUGGUGGUUGUCACAUUCUAGUUCUACCAUUAACGUGAACGUAAAAUACAUGGUGAAAUGUUUAGAAUAAAUCGUAUAACUCAGUGCCAACAAACAUCGAAUGAAAAAAAAGUACAUUUGACUCUAUUUUGUCAAUGAACACCAUUAAAUGGCAGUUGUCACAUUCUUCCAUCAUAUUGGAAUAGUUCCUAACGUAAAAUACAUGGGGGAAUGCUUAGAAUUCAUGGUAUAACUUAUAUUAUCCAAGACUAUGAACAGCUAUCGUUAUAAUAGCUCAUUGUAAUCCAUCUCACGGGGAAAAAUGGUACUUUUCGCUAUGCAUGUAUUAGUAUUUUCAAAUAUUAAGCUGCUUUCAUUAUAAGUGUUUAUCGCUAGGAGUGAAAUCUAAAAUCGGAUUGCAUGUGACGAUUUAUAGUUUGAUUGUUGUUUACAAGAACACGCCGUGUUUAAAGGGGUACUCAGUCAGUGAAUUUUACACAAAACAUACUAAGCAUGUUUAGAGUAUCAAUGGACGGUUAAAGGGAAUGUAUAACAUGGGCUUUGGCAGAAAUAAGUGCAUAUGGAGGAUUUAUAUGUUUUAGCAAAUAUUGUUAAACUGACUUGUUUCGCGUUUUUGGCUUGUAGAUGCUGGAAAAACCAAGAAAACCAAUUAUAUUCUUGUAGUCUGGUUCCCUGACCCCACUUAAGAUGAAAUGGAGCAAUUUAUAGACUCUGGGGAAUUGUAUUGCCAGAGUAUCAAUUUAGCUGGCUUGUACCCGUUCACAUGUGUGUAAUCAAUUGCAAAGAAAAUGUGGAAUUACCAGAUGUAAGGAAUAUGGAGUAGUUUUGAAAAUAGCCGGUUUUCUCCAGCGCUGGUCGGCUGACCAGCGUUGGAAAAAUACAAUUUUUCUUGAAAAUGUCAGCACACC